AUGGCAGGUUUUGAACAGGUGACUGGCGUGGUAGAUGAGUGCAUCUUCUUUGGCAAGGAUGGCACCAAGAACGUGAAAGAGGAGACGGUGUGCCUGACAGUCAGCCCCGAGGAGCCGCCCCCACCUGGCCAGCUCUUUUUCCUCCAGUCCCGUGGGCCAGAUGGGCCCCCCGAGCCACCCCCAGCCGACUCACCAGCCACCGCACCAGGUCCUGACGAUGCCGAGGGCACGGCGGACACUUCCCUGUGCCGCCUGUACCGGCACGUGUCGCAUGACUUCCUGGAGAUCCGCUUCAAGAUCCAAAGGCUUCUGGAGCCGAGACAAUACAUGCUACUGCUGCCCGAGCACGUGCUGGUCAAGAUCUUCAGCUUCCUGCCCACCCGGGCCUUGGCGGCCCUCAAAUGCACCUGCCACCACUUCAAGGGCAUCAUUGAGGCAUUUGGAGUGCGGGCCACAGACUCGCGUUGGAGCCGCGACCCACUCUACCGGGAUGACCCUUGCAAGCAGUGCCGCAAGAGAUACGAGAAGGGCGAUGUGUCGCUCUGCCGCUGGCACCCCAAGCCGUACCACCAUGACCUGCCUUACGGACGUUCCUACUGGAUGUGCUGCCGCCGAGCCGAUCGCGAGACACCUGGCUGCCGCCUGGGUCUGCAUGAUAACAACUGGGUGCUGCCCUGUAACGGGCCAGGCGGGGGUGGUGGCAGGGCUGGCCGGGAGGAGGGGAGGUGAAGCCGGGGGAGGGGGGGGGAGAGCCCACCAUGCCCACCCCCACCCCCUCCCCUUGGGAGCCAAGGCCCAGGACCGGGUCACCAGCCCAUACCCCCAGUCCAGGCAGCGUUGAUUCCCCUGCCAGAACUGAGAUGGAGGUGCGGGGGUGACCCAAGAAAGCACUCUGAUUGACCCCUAUUGGUUUUCUACUCUUCAGACCCAGGGCCGGGGACCCUCAAGGAGGGUGUUUUUUAUCAUCAUCUCAAGUUUCUUCUCCACUUAGCCCCAGCACCCUCCCUGCCACUCUCUACACCCCAGGGAUCCACCAGCAGGGAGCAGAUGGCAGCUAAUUUUGGUACUACUUAAGGGUUCCCCCAUCCUAGCCCCCUUCCACUCCUUCUACCAGCUGUCUCUGGAGCUGUGUUCUCCCAAGAGGCUGCAGCACCCAAGGCUGGUACCUCUCCAAACCUACCGCCCCACAGCUUACCUCCUCUUUAGGAAUUGGGGGCUACCCCGUUACAGAUCAAACUGGACACGUUUUAUGGCAGCCUGCCUGCCAUAUCUAGAUGUUUUUCCCAUUAAAACAAAUAAAAACCACAUUUUUCUCCUGAACCUCAAGCUACUAGUCUCUCCACUUCCCCCAGAGGGGAAAAAGAGUUGAAGUAUAAAAAUUUCCCUCCUCCCAUUAUUUAAGCUAUUGUAUCACUCCCCACCUCCCCCCCCCCAAAAAAAAAAAAGCUGUGAAGCCCUUUGCCUCGCUCUUGACAGCGUGGGGGGCCAGCGGGCAGGGACUGUGGGUUUGAAUUUCUGCGUUUUUCCUUCUGCUCUGGGUACUUGUUCAGGCAUUGGGGUCUCUACACCCCCAGCUGUAUGUUUCUUUAGAAUCCUUUGGUCAACUGAGACCUUGAUUUUCAGGCAAUUUGGUCUGGGGUGUUUUUGUUCUUUUGGGAUUUUUUUUGUUCUUGUUUUUUCAUCCCUGUGGUUCUGGAAUCUUCUAGCGUGUGGCAUCUGACCAAUUUUGAAUUGGUUCUUUCUAUAAAAUCCAUAUUUAUAAGGCUGGGCCCAGACUGGUUUGUGUGUUGUUCAGGGAGGGUGUUUGGGAGAGAAGGGAGUUAUGGGCCCGUGCAUGGUGAGAUGGAAAAAGUUGAGAGAAAAGGAUUCUUAGCCAAGUCCCUUGGCAUGAGAUUACUCUUCAUCUGUGUCAGUUUGGACUCGAAAAUCUCCAAACAGUAGUAGCUUAAACAAGAUCGUUUUAAUUCCUUUAGAAAUCCAGUGUUGGGCAGAUGUGGUGGCCCUGACGUCAUCAGGAACCCCAGCCCCUUCUACCUUACUAGUCCAUCAUUCUUUGUCUGUGGCCCUCAUCCUCAUGGUCCAAGAUGGCAGCUAGAACUCUGGCCAUCACCAUUUUGCAGGAAGGAAGCCCCCUUCCACACUAUACAACAGGUCCGCAAAUAACAUCAUUUUGUUCAACAUCGUUUCGUUAUAACAUUGAUGAGAUGCCAUAGGAACUUAAUUCUUAUUUAUAUCAAUUAGCCUGUGGUAAAACUGGUUUUAUUAUACAUUAUUUCACUUAAAGCUGCAGAACCUAUUGGCAGUGUUAAUUGAGAACUUACUGUACUUCUGUGUACAUCUCACUGGUUAGAACUUAGCCAUAUGGAUGGGCUGCAGUGGAGACUGGGAAUGCAGUCUUUUAGCUGGGUAUAUUAUGCCCAGCAAAAAACUCUUUUACUAAAGAUCCCUGUGAUGAAAGCUUUAAAAUAUUCACCUAAUUAUUUACUAAAUUAAAAGGGGGAGCGGGGGUAAGACAUUUAAAAAGUUCAAGUAUAAAAGAAGAGGGAAAAUACAGCCUCUGAUAGUCUUAGCAGGGAAUCAAAAUUUCCAGAGAGACUAGAAUAUAUCAUAUUAGUUAUUCAAUGCUUAGAAUUUAGAAUCAAAGAGACCUGGGUUUGAAUCUUGGCUUGGUUUUGUGGGACUUCAGUUUCCUGUGGAGGGAGGGCCAGAGUAUUUGGACUCUCCUGCUGAAAAAGGGAAGUAAAAAAAAAUCUUAAAAGAAUCAAAUAGUCAAUAAAAUACAGUUAAGGACACAAAAACUGAAAAUUUAAGGGAAAGAUACAUGGGGCUCCAGAGUCACUUUUGCUCUGAAGGCAUUUGCUGAUUGAUGUGGACACGCUUGAGUUCCUUAUUUUUAGCCUUAUUGGGACAAGCAGGCAGAAGUCAAGACCAGGGGCCGGCCGAGUGGCUCAGUUGGUUAAGAGCUCGCUCAAGAGUUUGAGCUCUGAGCAACAGCGGUUUGA